AACGAAAUUAAAUUAUAAUAAAAAUUGUUUUUUUUUUUUAAGUUGUUGAAAUGUUACAUUGCGCCGAAGUUGGCGCAAUAACAUUAAAACUCUAACCUAGAAAAUUUUUCUACUUUGCGUUUGCAAAAUAUUUUUAGUUGACAUUGAAACACGUUUUUAACAAUACAAACAAUUUGCUUGUUGAUAUCAAAUAUUUGUGAAGAAAAGUGAAACAAAGAAGAAAUAAUAUUAAAUAAUGGCAAGUGUUGAAAAUGGAAAUAAUUGAAAAAUGUGCAAAGACUAAUAAACGUAGAAAAAGGUUAAAUAAAAAUCGAAGAAAAAACAGAAACAAGUAUUAUAAUAAAUGCAAAAUCAAAAAUAAUUAUAAUAAACAGUUUAAUGAUAGUCAGUUAUAUGAUAAUUUGGAUAAUAAACAUAUGAUAGAUAUAAUGGGAUUUCAAAUACCUGACUCUUUUUGGGAGACUUAUAAAUUUGCUCAGGAUUGGCAACACAAGCAUCAAGUUGCGUGGUGGAGGUCCAAGUGCGUAGCAUUAGAGCACGAAAAUCUGGUUCUAAAAAAUAAAAUCCGUGAGAUCAUCAAUAAUUGCAAUCACAAUCAUGUCAAUUAUCAGCAUCAACAAGUUCAUAAUCAUGAAAAUAGAUUAGGAGAGCUAGAAAAUGCUGGACGUUCAGAGUUCAAUCAAGAACCAUAUCAGUAUCAAAAUCAGAAUAAUUUUUAUCAACAAGUUGAAGAAGAAGAAGUAGAAGAAAAUAAUGAAGAGAUAGAGCUAGAGUUUGAGAUUGACGAAGGAAUGAUGAAGUUCCUGGAGCAAAGUGCUCGGCAUAAAGAGGAGCUGAAGCGAAAACGGGAGUUGGAAUCUGAGGAAGCCCAGGUCACUUGGGUGUCUCAUGAAAACGACGAUAAGAUCAAGUUAGAAGAAACUACGCUGCUGUAUGGAAAGGACAAGUCCAAGAUCAUUGCCAUCGAAACGAGGAUGCAAGUGGAGGUUGAUCAGUACAAAACUCAACACCAGCCGGAAUACUGGCCCAUUAUUCCCCUUAAGUUGUAAUUAAAUAAUAAUAUAAAUUUGUAAGUGAUGAUUUUUAUCAGAACAAUAAAAUGUCUGAAUUUA